CCCCUCUGUCUUCUGCUGUUACACUGAAAAGAAAAGGGGCAAGAAAAAGGAAGCAUAGCAGACAGAGAGAGAAAGAGAGAGAGAGAGAGAGAGAGAGAGAGGGACAUCGAAGUACGCGAUCGAAUCCUCUUUUUAAGCCCACUUUGCCGCCUCUCUCUCUAGUAUUUUUCAAUGUAACUCGAGUCUCGGAUGGGGCGAAGAAGGAGAAGAAGACGAUGACGAUGAUGUCGAUGAAGAAGUAGGGAUAGUGGUCUUCCAGGAUAUCAACUACAAAUGCGAGUUCUUGACUGAGAUCUAGCACGAUCCGCUCCGAAGCAGUGCAGUUCGCUGCAUAGCAAGCCGGUUCUGCGUUCUUCUUCUAUCAAGAUCUCUCCGGCUUGAAUCCGGAGCAACCUUGUUCUAAAUCAAGAAUCGUAUCUGAGGAAAGGUUGGGCGAGCGAGGGUCCUAAAAUGGAGCAGUAUGAGGUUUUGGAGCAGAUAGGGAAGGGCGCUUUUGGGUCUGCUCUACUGGUGCGGCACAAAGUUGAGAACAAAAGGUAUGUCUUAAAAAAGAUCCGUCUAGCUCGCCAGACUGACCGGACCCGUCGGUCUGCCCACCAGGAGAUGGAGCUUAUUUCUAAAGUAAGAAAUCCAUUUAUUGUGGAAUACAAAGAUUCCUGGGUUGAAAAGGGCUGCUAUGUGUGCAUUGUAAUAGGUUAUUGUGAGGGAGGUGAUAUAUCUACUCACAGGGCUGAAGUUAUAAAGAAGGCCAAUGGGCAUCUUUUUCCUGAGGAGGUUGUUUAUAUAGACAACAGUCUAGUGUACUUCUGUAAAAUAAAUGUUUCCUUUCUGCAUAUGUUUGUAUGCAUCCUCAAUAUUUUUUCUGUCAACUGCAAUCAGAAGCUUUGCAAGUGGUUAGUCCAGCUCCUUAUGGCACUUGAUUACUUACAUAAGAAUCAUAUUCUUCACCGUGAUGUUAAGUGUUCAAACAUAUUUCUUACAAGAGAUCAAAGCAUACGUCUUGGUGACUUUGGGCUUGCUAAAAUUUUAAACUCAGAUGAUCUGGCAUGUUCUGUUGUUGGAACUCCUUGUUAUAUGUGCCCAGAACUUCUUGCGGACAUACCUUAUGGUUCUAAGUCUGAUAUCUGGUCUCUAGGCUGCUGUAUCUACGAGAUGACUGCUUUAAAGGCUGCAUUCAAAGCUUUUGAUAUGCAGGCUUUGAUAAACAAAAUUAACAAGUCCAUAGUGGCUCCUUUACCAAGUUCAUACUCUGGUGCAUUUAGGGGACUUAUUAGAAGCAUGCUAAGAAAAAGCCCGGAACAUAGGCCAAGUGCUGCAGAACUACUCAAGCAUCCACAUCUUCAACCUUAUGUGCUCCAAGUCAAUCUAAAGUCUAGCCCUACACGGAAUAUGCUUCCUAUCCACCAAGUUACAAGCAAUCACAUCAGAAAAAUUAGAUUUCAAGAUGAUGAAGACAAUUUCAUGUACAGGAACAGGGAGAAAAGAAAUUCUUUAGGCAAUGAGAGGAUCUUGAAUCUGAACAAGACUGUGGAGCAGGACUCCCUAAGUUCAACUCAGACUAUUAAAGAUUUCCCCAUUUAUCUGAACCAAAGAAUAAAGCAUCUUUCACUUGGUAGCAGUCAAGUUGGGGAGAGUGUUAUUGACAAAGGAAUCCAUGAGAAGCGCUCAAGUACCCUGAAGACCCCAAGAUAUGCUCCUAAAACCUUCACAACUCCGAUGAUGCAAGUAGAGUCCUCAAAGGCAUUGCACCCUGGACCAAAGAGUGAACCGCUUGCAUCACGAACUCCAGCAGAUAGAACUGGUCAGACCACUCGAAGAGCAUCUCUUCCUUUGCUUACAUCUGAAACCCGUCCUAAAUGCAAUCUCAACAUUCUCCAUCGAGUGGAAUCCCCUGAUGUGUCAGUCAACUCCCCUCGAAUAGACAGAAUUGCAGAGUUCCCAUUAGCCUCAUCUGAAGAUCCCCUUUUCUCUUUCCAUAAGCUCUCUUCAGCUCAUGGCUCUUUCUCAGCCACUCCGAACUCUGGAGACCGUUCCAUCACCAAAGACAAAUGUACCAUCCAAAUCUUCCGAACUGAAGGUGACAAUGGGAGUGAUUCUUCUGAUCGAAAUCCUACAGCUGCAGAUGCUUCAAGCCGAGGAUCAUCAGAAUCAAGGCAACGGAGGUUUGACACCUCAUCUUACCAGCAGCGUGCAGAGGCCUUAGAGGGAUUGCUCGAAUUCAGUGCUCAGUUGCUGCAACAGGAGAGAUAUGAAGAGUUAGGGGUCUUAUUGAAGCCAUUUGGUCCUGAGAAGGUCUCCCCUCGAGAAACUGCUAUUUGGUUAACAAAGAGCUUUAAAGAAACUAUACCAUAACUCCAUGUCUUUGCCCUCAUGUACCAUACUUUUGACACUCAGGUCUCAAAAUUCCUGCAUCGGUUUUGUGAUGUGAGAUAGCUCUAGCACAAUAGGCUGACAAUUUAGGUUGAGAUUAGCUGCUGAUUCUCUUCGAACAAUGCAUGUAUUACGGAUUUCAAUAUUAUCAUGGCCUUUUUACCAUCA